CGCUUCUAGCUCCACUACCCGGAUGAGCUCCCCCCACAGUACAGCUUCUCGCCACCACCUCCACCAUAACGAACGACAAGGAAGUCAGAAGAGAUGUCAGAUUCGUUUCGGAUAAGCCAGCGACUCUCCUACGACGGGGCGCUAUGCACAAUACGAUACAUCGGAUGUGUAGGCGAUACAAAGGGAGAAUGGCUGGGUGUUGAGUGGGACGACGUUCUACGCGGGAAACAUUCGGGCUUUCACCAGGGGAGGAGGUACUUCGAAUGUAAGAUACCGGGCUCGGGAUCCUUCAUUAGACCGACGAGAAAGCCCGAUACCUCACUGUCGUUCAUCGAGGGCCUGAGGAAGAAAUAUACUACCGAUGAGGAUCCGCCCGGAAAACAUGCCGAGAUCAUCCUCACGGCGAAUAAGGUGUUUGAAGAGAUUGGGUUCGAGAAAAUCAUCAAGAAGCUUUCGCAGCUGCAAGAGCUCAAGAUUAUCCUUCUUGACGGCCUCCGAAUCGAUUGCGUUGACGACGUCGAAGUCAUCCGUGCUACAUGCCCCAACAUCGAGGAGCUCGACAUCUCGCGGAACCGCUUCGAAAAGCUGGAGGAUGUAGCACUCAUCUGCUCAGCACUUCCACGGCUCCAUGCAUUACGGAUAAGCGGAAACCGUUUCAAUUCCUUUGGUGUAUCCGACGGCAACAAGUCAGCCUUCAGCGGCAUCACCUCUCUCGAAAUCGCCAAUGUCUUGCUGGACUGGAACGAGCUCAGCCAGCUGCUUUCCCUCUUCCCGGACGUCAAAACACUAAUCGGCCCACACAAUGAGCUCUCCUCCAUUCCAUCACCGCACCCAUUCCCCAUCUCCGUCACAGCCCUGGACCUAAGCUACAACACCUUCCCCUCCCUCUCCUCGAUCUCCGCCCUCUCCUCCCUCCCCAACCUCACCACUCUCCUCCUAGCGCACAACACCAUCUCUACGCUUACCACGGCGCCCGGAACCACCUUCCCAACCCUCACCCGCCUCGACCUAGCCUACAACACGCUCCCGACAUUCACAGCCCUCGAUGCGCUUCCACCAAGCACGCCACACCUGACCAGCCUCCGAAUCUCGCACAACCCUCUCUUCAGCACCGACGGCGUCACCCUGGAGGAAGCGCACAUGCUAACGAUCGGGCGGCUACCCGCCUGCGUCACCAUCCUGAACCACAGUACCAUCACGCCCAAGGAGCGAGAGAACGCCGAGAUAUGGUAUCUCUCGCGGGUGGCAAAGGAACUGUCUACGACUACCGACUCGCGGGAGGCGGUGCUGACGCGCCAUGCUAGGUGGGACGAGCUGUGUAGACUCCAUGGAGAGCCGGCGGUUGCGAAGGAGGCUGCCGAUGAGAAAAUUCUUGCGGCGAGGCUGGUGGAUAUGGUCUUGGUCGGGUUGGAGAAGGAGGUCACUAAGAGGGUGCCUAGGGGCAUGCCGUUAAGUACUCUGAGGGCCUGUGUUGGUAGGUGGUUUGGUAUUGAUCCCAUGAAGGUUAGGUUGGUCUGUGGAGGGGGGGACGAGGGGGACGAGACGGUGCUUGGUGGGCCGGAGGAUACGAAGGAGGUGGGGUUGUCAGUGGAGGGGAAGAGCGUGAGGAUCCGCGUAGAGUGUGCGUAGCCAGCCAAUGGGAAUACCUAGUAUACGGCUGUCAUAAAAUGGAAGAUAUGAUAUCACAAUGAUA